CCCGGAAUUUUUUGAUCUCCACAGAAAUCAUAUUUGAUCUCCCAAUCAGUAGUUUGAACGAUCCGUAAAUCUUCAACUCGUAGCAGAAGCAAUCUAGAGAGUUCAAACCCAGACCUGAAAGUCUCAUCCUCGACGCCGUUGCUCUCGGCCCGGCCCUCGUCAAGCACUUAGCUUCCUGCAGCGCCCCCGUCCGAUUCAUAGCGUUGAGGCUGAUCGAGGUUGGACUCUGGGUUUUUGGUGGUGUAUUAAAAGUUGAUGCUGUGACUGCUGCAAUAAUUGGAUUAUCUAUCCUCAUGGUGACUGGAGUUGUCACUUGGAAGGAAUGCUUAGCUGAAUCAGUUGCUUGGGAUACUCUUACCUGGUUUGCUGCUCUCAUUGCAAUGGCUGAUUAUCUGAACAAAUAUGGCCUUAUCUCCUGGUUUAGUGAAACUGUUGUCAAGAUCAUUUUUAAUGGUGAUGAUGGAUAUGAUGUCAAAUGUGGGAGCCAUCAAUAUAAAGUCAGACUACACGCAAGCACGUGUUCAUGUAGAGCGUGGGAUCUAAGUGGGAUUCCUUGUCCGCAUGUCGUGUGUGCAAUUUUCGAUAAAGGUGAGGAUGCUGAACAAUAUGUGGAUCAUUGCUAUUUCAAACAAGUUUAUCAAACAAUAUAUUCGUAUCAUCUGCAGCUGAUGAAUGAGGAGUUAUUGUGGACUAGAACACAAAACAAUGACAUUGUGCCUCCAAUUCCCAAAACGUUGUCUGGCAGAUCCAAGAAGAAAAGAGAGCGGGAAGCUACUGAAGGGCCAUCGAAAGAGAAAUAAGAGAGUGAAAGAAGUGUCUGCCAAUCAAAGGAAGAAAAAAAGAAGUCCAACUGAAGCCCCAACAACCUAAUGCAGUCAUCUGGGCCUUUUGUGCUUCGUAGUCCUAUUGAUGUCAUUGUGAAACCCCAAAGUUGUACUGCUUUUUUGUAAUUUGUUUAACCUUAGCAGUGCUUGUGAAGCAUGUACUUGUGUGGUGUUGUUCUUGGAACAUAUUCGUAGAUAAACUUACUUUUUAAUGUCAGUGUGAUUGCUAUUAAGUUUGAUUUAGUCAGCUUUACAAUCACGUAUUAUGCAUGUUUUUGCUGCUGUCUUUGUGUGUUCUGAACACAGUUUAUGUGCCUGUAAUGGCCAGAUUUGGGGGCUGUAAAUGCAGGAACUUCAAG